AUGCGCAGCCGCAUCACGCUCAUCGUUGUGCUCUUCACGCUCUUGUGCGCCAUCGUGUUCGGCGCGGCCGCCAACGACGACCAAGCGGCUCUCCGUGGCGUAGCCAGCCACUACCACGAGGUGGCCCACGUCCCCCACGACGCCAUGGACCGCAACCUGUUGAUCAGUCCCGAAACCCGCGGCAAGAUCAAGGGUGCGAUUGGCAAAAUCCGCGGACAUGUCCGUCAUGCGGUGGAUCAAGGUCGACAAGUCGCCAACAAUGUCGUGGCCCGCGUCAAGGGCGCGAUCCACAAGCACGCGCCAAAAUUGAACACGCACGUCCAAAACUUCAUCCAGCGCGCCAAGGGUGUCGGCAGUCGAAUCGCCGACAGAGUCCGCAACGCUGUGGACAAAGUGAAGGGCCAUGUUCGAAAGGCGACGGGUCACGUUCGCGGCAUCGUCGACAAGGUUCGCGCCCGCUUUGGCAACAAAGGCGGCCAUCACGCCGCUGGGCCGGUCGACGAGCCACAAGGCUAA